AUGGAGCCAUUCACCAUUCAUUCACAACGAAGUCCAUCAUGUUCAUUUGUUCUCUCAAUGAUAUCUUCUCAUAAACACAUUCCAUUUACAACCAGUAAUCCUUCGUCGAUAUUAUCAAUAUCUUCUAAUCAACAACAAUCACCUCAAACUGACAAUAAUCACACGAAUAAUCAAUCUAUCAUAUUUCAAGAAGUAGAUAUUCUCAAACAAGCAAGAAAAAGAACAUUUUCACAUUAUCCACAUCGAGCGUCACCAUCUUUCAUAUCACAAAUGACUGAUGCUGGUUUCUUCAGUUGUAAUGUUGCUGAUCGAGUCAUCUGUAUCUAUUGUAACCUUAUCUGUCAACAAUGGAUCCCAACUAGUGAUGAUCCUAGUCAUAUUCAUAAAAUUCUUUCACCAAAAUGUCCUUAUGUCAUUGGUAUGUUAACUCGACCUCAAACAUCAUCUAUUCUAGUCAUCAAUGAACAGUCAACUUAUAAUCAAUCAUUAACAUCAAAUAAUAAUGAUGCAUUUCGUCAUGAUGCAGUUGUUUGUACAGCCGCUUCGAAUCCUUCUUAUAUCGAAAUACCAAAACGAUAUGCAUCUUUUGCUACAUGGUCAAAUGAUAAUUCACCAUCAGUCGAUGAUCUAGUCAAAAGUGGUUUCUUCUAUACUGGUACUAAAACAAUUGUAACAUGUUUUUAUUGUAAUGGAUCAUUACAAAACUGGGGUCCAAAUGAUAAUCCAACAAAUGAACAUGCUCGUUGGUUUCCUCAUUGUGCAUAUGCUAAGCAACUAUGUGGUAGUAAAUUGUAUGAAAACAUUCAAGAAUCGAAACGAAUACUUCAAGAAAAAACUACUGUAAAUAGUUCAAGUAAUGGAUCUGUAGAGAAGAAUAAUCCUUCGAUUGGUAAUCAGUUAUCAAUACCAGACGAGAGUACUUUAUCACGUUUAGUUGCUGCUCGUCUUGAUUUACCUAUUUCUAUAAGUCUAUUGAAAGGUAAUUUCAAAGCAUCUAUUGUGAAACGAUGUUGGGAAGAUCAACUUCGAUUAAAACGUGAUGAUUUUGUGAGUGAUUAUGAUCUGUGGAUAGCUUGUACAAUUCUUCAAAAACAAAUAGAAGGUAUAAAUGGUAAAAAAGAAAAUAUCAUUGUACCAAGUGUAACAAUGAGAAAACUUCGAGAAAAAGAAGAAGCAGAAGCUCAAGCUCAAAAAGAAUUGAUGUCAAGUUCAUCAUUAGAAAAGUCAUCUAGUCCGAAAGAUAUUGAUAUGGCAACGCCAUUAUUAAAACGGAACAAAGAUGAUACUAAAACACCCGUGUUGAAUUUUACGGCUAAUACAAACAGUAUGAAACCAACUUCAACAGCGGCUUCAGAAGAAAAAUCUAAUGACACUACAUCACCAUCUAAUCCUUGUGUACUCUGUUUAACGGAAGAAAAGCAGCUGGCUUGCUUACCAUGUGGGCAUUUGAUCGCGUGUGUUCCCUGUGCACAUUCACUUAGAUCAUGCCCAAUAUGUCGUAGUCGAAUAGAUGCUUUUAUGCGUAUAUAUACUUGA